CUACUGCUGCUCUCAUUUUGCGUCGAGACGGGCAACGGCAAGCACAGGCCAAACAAAUUGCAAUCGCUUUUAAUGGCGGUCUUUUGAAACGUCUCUGUUUGAUUCGUGACUAGUGUUCGCUCGUUCGACGCGCUUUGCUCGUCGGUGGAAAAAGUGAAUUUUGCUUGCUUAUUUGUGCUAGGUCCAGUGCUGUACAUUGUUUACUGGAGGAAGAAGAACUGUUCGCUAUAGUCGCGGAGGAAAAUUUGUCAAAACGUAGCUUUUCAGGACCUAGUGAGAAGAUUCGGAGCUGUGGUUGAAGUGAAACAUAAUUUGUUGCUUGCAAAUUCAAGCUUGAGGAAGUUUUUUCCUUCCGUGAUUCAAUUGGAUACCGGCAGUGUCUGCUAAGAUUCAGCAUGACGGAUAUUAGGGCAGCCUUCGCUGCUCAACAAAAUGGCGCCGGCGCAGGCGCGGGCGCCGCAGCCAGUCCGAAGAUCGGCGGCAAGUCUAUCGAGAAGAUCUACCAGAAGAAGUCCCAGCUGGAGCACAUUCUGCUGCGUCCCGACACGUACAUCGGAUCGGUUGAGCAGCUGAAGGAAACCAUGUGGGUUUAUGACACCGAGGCGAACAAGAUGAUCCAAAAGGAGAUCACCUUUGUGCCGGGUCUGUACAAGAUCUUCGACGAAAUCCUGGUCAACGCAGCCGAUAACAAGCAACGUGAUCCGAAGAUGAAUGCCAUCAAGAUUGAGAUCAAUCAGGAAACGAAUACGGUGUCAAUUUGGAACAACGGCCAAGGUAUCCCCGUGGUCAUGCACAAGGAGGAAAAAAUGUUCGUUCCGACGAUGAUCUUCGGACAUCUGCUAACGUCGUCGAAUUAUAACGACGAAGAGGCGAAAGUCACCGGCGGUAGGAAUGGUUACGGUGCAAAAUUGUGUAAUAUUUUCAGUACCAAGUUCACUGUGGAGACGGCUUCAAAGCAGUAUAAGAAAUGCUUCAAGCAAACUUGGGGUGAAAAUAUGGGCAAAGCUUCGGAGCCUAAGAUCAAAGAAGGCUACACUGGUGAAGACUACACCAAGGUUUCUUUCUCGCCGGAUCUGAAGAAGUUUAAGAUGGAAAAGCUGGAUGAUGACAUUGUGGGACUGAUGUCACGACGUGCAUUCGAUGUGGCCGCUUCAACACGAGGUGUUAGUGUCUAUCUAAAUGGAAAAAAAUUGCCGAUCAAAAACUUUAAGGACUACAUCGAUUUGUACAUCAAAGAUCAGCAGGAUGAGGUAGGAGGUCCCGUGAAGAUUUGCUACGAGAAUGCGAACGAACGGUGGGAGGUCGCUGUUACCCUUUCGGACCGCGGCUUCCAGCAGGUUUCGUUUGUGAACUCUAUUGCCACCACCAAAGGAGGUCGCCACGUUGACUAUAUUGUUGACAUGAUCGUGAAGCAGCUGAUCGAGGUGUUGAAGAAGAAAAACAAAGGUGGCGUUAAUAUCAAACCGUUCCAGGUGAAAAAUCACAUGUGGGUUUUCAUCAACUGUUUGAUUGUGAACCCAACGUUUGACUCGCAAACCAAGGAAAACAUGACACUGCAAUCGAAGAGUUUCGGAUCGAAAUGUACUUUGUCAGAGAAAUUCAUUACGACCGUGUCCAAGAGUGGAAUCGUCGAAUCGGUUCUCCAGUGGGCUAAGUUUAAGGCCCAAACCGAACUGAGCAAAACCUCCGGAUCGAAGAAGUCCAAAAUCAAGGGUGUUCCCAAACUGGAAGAUGCCAAUGAUGCUGGAACCAAGAACUCACUGAACUGUACGUUGAUUCUGACGGAGGGAGAUUCAGCUAAAACUUUGGCUGUUUCCGGAUUGGGAGUUGUGGGUCGCGACACUUACGGAGUGUUCCCACUGCGUGGUAAGCUUCUUAACGUGCGCGAGGCUACACAUAAGCAGAUUCUGGAGAACGCUGAAAUCAAUAAUCUGAACAAGAUUAUCGGUUUGCAGUACAAAAAGAAGUAUCUAACGAUAGAGGAUCUGAAAACGCUCCGUUAUGGAAAGGUUAUGAUCAUGACUGAUCAGGAUCAGGAUGGUUCUCAUAUCAAAGGUCUACUGAUCAAUUUUAUUCACACAAAUUGGCCGGAAUUGCUUCGUUUACCGUUCUUGGAAGAAUUCAUUACACCAAUUGUGAAGGCGACGAAGAAGAACCAAGACGAGCUCUCCUUCUUUUCUUUGCCUGAGUUUGAAGAGUGGAAAAAUGAUACACCGAACUCCCAUACCUACAAUAUCAAAUACUAUAAGGGUUUGGGUACUUCGACCUCAAAGGAGGCCAAAGAAUACUUCCAAAACAUGGAACGUCAUCGUAUCCUGUUCAAGUACGAUAACAGUACUGAUGAUGAUGCGAUUACCAUGGCUUUCGCGAAGAAGUGUGUCGAUCAGCGAAAGGAAUGGCUUACUGCUCACAUGGAGGAGAAUCGUCACCGGAAACAAGUUGGCCUACCAGAGCGUUACUUGUACACUAAAACUACCAAAGCUAUUAGCUACAAGGAAUUCAUCAAUCUUGAAUUGGUACUGUUCUCCAAUUCCGAUAACGUUCGUUCCAUCCCGUGCAUGUUGGAUGGUCUUAAACCCGGCCAACGGAAGGUUAUGUUCACCUGUUUCAAGAGAAACGACAAACGUGAGGUAAAAGUUGCCCAGCUGGCUGGCUCCGUUGCCGAGCAGUCCGCCUACCAUCACGGUGAACAGUCGCUUUGUUCCACUAUCAUCAAUCUGGCCCAGAACUAUGUCGGCAGCAAUAACAUCAAUCUGCUGUACCCCGGAGGCCAGUUCGGUACCCGCCUUUCUGGUGGUAAGGAUAGUGCUAGUCCACGUUAUAUCUUCACCAUGUUGUCGCCACUGACACGGCUAAUCUUCCACCCGAUGGAUGAUCCACUGCUGGAGUAUCAGUUUGAGGAUAACCAGAGGAUUGAGCCGGUGUGGUAUCUGCCCAUCAUUCCGAUGGUGUUGGUAAACGGAAGUGAAGGUAUCGGUACCGGAUGGUCCACCAAAAUCCCGAACCACAAUCCACGGGACAUUAUCGCCAAUCUGCGCCGGAUGCUCAACGGUGAGGAGCCCAAAAUAUUGCAUCCUUGGUACAAAAAUUUCCGUGGUUCAAUCGAAUCGGUUGGCCACCAGAAAUACCUAACAGUCGGUAACGUGUCGAUUCUUGACAAUCAGAAAAUCGAGAUCUCUGAACUGCCAGUCGCUACCUGGACGCAGACGUACAAGGAGAACACGCUGGAACCCCUGCUGCACGGGUCGGACAAACAGAAGGCAGUGAUUUCCGAUUACAAGGAGUACAACACGGAUACCACCGUGCGGUUUGUGGUUUCGUUUCUGCCGGGCGAGUUCGAUCGAAUCUACGCGGAGGAAGGUGGUUUCCAUCGGGUGUUCAAACUGACCAGCUCGCUUUCCACCACUACCAUGCACGCGUUCGACGAUAAGAACUAUCUGAAACGUUACGAACACGCGAAUGAUAUUUUCCACGAGUACUACAAACUGCGGCUGGAGUAUUACGGCAAGCGUAAGGCCUACCUCGAAGGUAUGUACCAAGCGGAGGCAGAUAAGCUAACCGAUCAGGCGCGGUUCAUCGUUGAGAAGUGUGACCGAACAUUGGUGGUCGAAAACAAGAAGCGAAAGGUUAUGAUCGAUGAACUCAUUAAACGAGGAUAUCGGGCUGAUCCCGUUAAGGAGUGGAAGCGCAAGGUUUCUCUGGAGGAGGAAGAACCGGACGAGGUUGACGAGGAGGAGGCGGAGGGUGAAGACGUUAAGCCUGGCAAGUCGAAGAAACCUGUUGAUCCGGAGAAGGCUUUCCAAAAAUUGACCGACGUAAAGAAGUUCGAUUAUCUGCUCGGUAUGUCCAUGUGGAUGUUGACAGAGGAACGUAAGAACGAACUCCUCAAGCAACGCGAUAACAAGCUAGCCGAGUUGGCAGCCAUCAAAGCGAAGACCCAAGAGAUGCUUUGGACGGAUGAUCUCGAUGCUCUUGCUAGCAAAUUGGAUGAGGUUGAAGAGAAGGAACGCCUAGAAGCGAUAAAUACCGAGAAGAAGCUUAAAGGUGGUGUGAAGGGUGCAGGGCGUGGCUUGAAGACCACCGCCAAGAAAGCGGCAAUCGACGAAACGAAACCAAGCGACAUGGGUGAAGAGGUCAAAUUCAAGAUAACCGAAGAUCUGCUCAAGAAGUACGAGAAGAUUACAGCGGUCAAAAAAGAGAAGAAAGAACCUGGCGAAGGUGGCGAUGACGAGUUCGAUGCACUGGUCGAUGGUAAAAAACCGAGGGUCAAAAAAGAACCGAAAGAACCAAAGGAGCCGAAGGUGAAGAAGGAGAAAAAAGAAAAGGACGGUCUGAAGCAAACCAAGUUGAACCUUGGGAAAGGUGGUGGAGGUCGCGGACGGAAGAAGAAGGUAACCACUUCAGAUGAGGAGGAUAACUUCAAUUCCAAUGCCAGCGGUGACGAUUUCGAUGUUCCCAUCAGUGUCCCAACUCGAGAAAAAACCGAAAGGCGAGCCGCGUCAAAGAAAAUAAACUAUUCGUUCAAGGACGACGAGGAGGACAACUUUGACAAAUCGGACGAUGAGCUAUUUGACAACAAUCCGGAAUCACGAGUCGCGGAAUCGUCACAAGAGGUUAUCGCAGACGGCAGUGACAUAGAAGAGGUAACCGGCGGAAAUGGCAACGAUGUCAUCAGUCUCGAAAGUGAACAAGACUCGCCAGUGAAAGCAAAGAAACCUGCUGUGAAGCGGAAGCUAGGUCCGAAGAACGAUGCUCCUGCUAAGGCUCCUGCCGCGAAGCGUAACCGCAAGAAAGUCAGCGCCGGAAGCAGUGAAGAAGAUGAGAAGCCCAAGAAGAAGCCCAAGAAGAAAGCCGCGGUAAGUGAGUCCGAGUUAAGCGAACCAGAUUACGACGAUGAUUCGGACUUCGAGUAAACACUGCUUUUAGCGCGGUGCGUUGUAUCACCACUUCGGGACCUUCUCGUGGAAGGUUUCGUGUAUUUCGGGCUAUUUUAUACCGGAAUUCUCCGUGUAGCAUUAAGACAGAUAUUUUAGUCGUAAUCGUACGUAUAAUCCAUGCGAGAAAGGAACCAUUUAACACAUUGAAACUAAACUCAAGCUAGAGUAGGAAACACUUUUUUUACGUUCUGACAAUUUUCCACUUCAACAUCCAGAUAUAGUAGGAACAUAACUAGAGUGUAGUGUUUUUCCCCACGCGUAACUGUAAGAUUAUUUAUACACCUUCAAUUGUACAAUUUUACUUUUUUUUGAAUGAAAGCGACGGGGCUAUAGUUUGAACGGGGUUGAAGGAAGAUAUUUCGUACAAACAUUGGACGUUGUAUGGAAACACGUAUAGCAGUGGUGGACAAACACCUAUUUUGUUUUAAACGAAAUUAUUACGCGGAAGAAAACAUGAACUUCGAAAGCAGGAAUGAGUGCGUAAAACUGGAAGCAUAGGAAAACUGAAAUAUCAUCCUCUCAAUCGGUAUGUUUGUUUAGGGCUAUGUACGUUGACAGGUUUUACCUUUGCUGCGUUAAUCUUUUAGCGAACAUGUAUCUUCAUUACUAUUUGUAAUAAGAACUGUAGAUAUAUUAUCAUAA